AUGUCGGGUGGUUGCUGCUGGUUGCCGGCGACGCGACCUCUUAUCGGCGCGCAUAUCCCGCCGCCGCCGCCGAGCGUCUCCGGUGGGUUCGUCAAUCUCCCGGCCCGCUGGGCGAGGCCGGGCAACAUCAGAACGGGAGUCACCUGGCCAAUCCCGAACGGGAGAACCCAGAAUGUCAGGCCCCUACGGGGAAUGAUGCUGCCCCCGGUCGACCCUUGGGCGCCUACCAUGAACUCUCAGAGCGUGGCCUCGCAGCUCUUCGCGGCCUCCCUCUUCCCUUACCUAGGUUUUCUGUACUUCAUCACCAAGUCCAACUCCGCCCCCAAGCUCACCCUCUUCGGCUUCUACUUCUUGCUGGCCUUCGUCGGGGCCACCAGUGAAGUCUCUUUCCUUUGCCUCCUUGAACUGCUGUGAAGAUUUUAUCUGUUUCUUCAACCGCCUGAACUCCUUGAACGAUUGUUCGGAAAAUAUACAGUAGUUCUAGGAAUGCGGCAUCCAUCGAGAGAAGCUUCGGGUCAGUUCAUCAAAACGAUGAUGCAAUGAGCGCCAAGCGAGCCGGGCUUCUCUGUCGAAUGCCAUUUUCCUCUGUUUUUUUUUCUCGUUGACGUACUAUAAUCACAGUCUCAAGGGUUAUGAUUGAAAUUAUUUAUAUUCCUUCUUCUUUGUUCCGAUUUUUUUCCUCAAUUACUAACUUAUCGUCUGUAUUUUCGUCUGUCAUUACUCGCCAUCACUGCGCAGUCCCUGCAGGAAUUUACGGUAUGAACCCAUGAUUCGAUCUAGAAAAUUGUUAUCCCCUCUGGUUCUCACCAUAGUCGACCGCAUUUGCUCAUAUUGUUGCACAGCAAAGGUGCAUUAUGGAACCUCACUGUCUAACGUGGAUUGGCUGCACGGUGGAGCGGAAUCAUUGCUCACCCUGACCAAUCUGUUCAUAGUGCUGGGAUUGAGGGAAGGGUUGAGGAAGAUCAAAUCUGCCGAAGAGAUUAAGGAUGAUCUUCUCACAGAUGUCGAGCAAGAGGAACAGCCUUCGCUCUAG